AUGCAGAUUUUCGUCAAGACACUCACAGGCAAACAUAUCACACUCGAAGUCGAGCCAACCGACAGAAUCGAAGAUGUCAAGGCUAAGAUUCAAGACAAGGAAGGUAUUCCACCAGAUCAACAGCGUUUGAUCUUUGCCGGCAAGCAACUUGAAGACGGCAACACACUUCAAGAUUACUCCAUCCAAAAGGAUUCUACACUCCACCUCGUUCUUCGUCUUCGUGGUGGUUUCUAA